AUGACGUCGAGAAUACGAUGUUUUUUUGAUCUUAAAAUUGAUGAAAAUGAAGUUGGUCGAAUUGUAUUUGAAUUAUAUAAUGAUAUGUGUCCACGUACAUGUGAAAAUUUUCGUUGUUUAUGUACAGGAGAAAAAGGUCGUAGUUUAACAUUGUAUAAAAAAUUGUAUUAUAAAGGAUGUUUAUUUCACCGUGUUGUUAAAAAUUUUAUGAUACAAUCGGGUGAUUUUACUGAAGGCAACGGCACCGGCGGUGAAUCGAUCUAUGGUGGUUUCUUUGAUGAUGAAAAUCUACAAAUGAAACAUGAUCGACCCUACCUUCUUUCAAUGGCUAAUCGAGGACCGAAUACAAAUGGAUCACAGUUUUUUAUAACGACAGCUGAAGCAUCGCAUCUUGAUGGUAAACACGUUAUUUUUGGCCAUGUUGUUUCUGGUCAAGCAGUUGUCGAUACAAUUGAAAGUCUUCCUGUUGAUCCAAAUACUAAUCGUCCAUUAAAAGAUGCUCUUAUAUCUCAUUGUGGUCAAUUAGAAAUUGUAACCAAAAAUAAUAAAUCAAAAAAACGUAAAAUUUCAACUGGAGAUGGAAGUGAAAAUGAAAAUGUCGAAGAAAAUAAUAAUAAUAAUGAUGAUGAUGAAAGUAGUUCAACAUCAGGUAAUGAUGAAAAGAAAAAGAAAUCUAAACAUAAUAAAAAAAGUAAAAAAAAAGAAAAACAUCGACGAAAAAAAGAAACAAAACGUUUAGCAACAAAAAUUGGUGAAAAUAAAAAUGAUAUUGAUAAUAAUAUCAAUGAAAUAUCUAAACGAUCAAAUAUUGAUUCAGGUGAUAUAUCCGAACAAAAAUUGUCUACACGAUCUUCAUUAAAUGAUAAAGAAAAAAGCAACAAUGAUGAAACAAUCAAUAAUGAAAGAACAUCUCGCACAAAUAGUUAUCGUGCAGCAACAAAAGUUGAUUCGAAUGGUCGUCCAGUAAAAGGUCGCGGUACAAUGAGAUAUACUGGAAAAAGUCGUUCCAGAUCACGUACACCGCCACAUUGGCGUUCAGCAGCUGAAGAACGUAAACGUUUUGUUGAAAUGAAUGAAUCACGUAAACAAACAUCUGUUGAACAAACAAAUUCGAAUGAAAAUUCAGAUACAUUAACACAAUCAUCUGAACAAUUAAAUACACGUGAAAAUUCAAAACGUAAUCGUUCAUAUUUAAAAAAUGGUGAUGUUAGUGAUGAUCAAGAAAAUACAAUGAUUAAUAAUGAUGAACAAUUAUCAAAAGAUUCAAAUAAACGUUCACGUCGUUAUGAAAAACGACGAGAAAAUAUUGAUGAUGAUAAUGAUGAACAAAUACAACAAUCACAACCAAUUAUACAAAGUAGUAUUGUUCGAGCUGAACCUAAAGAACGUGAACAACGACGUUCAUCACCAACACGACAACGACGUGAACAUCGUAAUGAAUCAAAAUAUCAUCGAUCAACAAGUAAUAAACAUGACGAAAAUGAUAAACAUGUUCAAAAUAAUUCUUCACCAGUACGUCCUAGACGUGAUCAUGAUGAAUCUCAUACAAAUCGUCGUCGUCGUUCUCAAACACCACCACCAUCAUCAUCUCGUGUUCGAUCGCCACUAGUUGAUAAUAGAAAUGAAUCUUUAGAUGAUUCUAUAAUAUCAUCAUCGAAAACUGAUCAACAAGGAGAUACAAAUAAUGUUCUACCAGUAUUACAUUCUAGUUCAUCAUCACCACCACUACCAUCGACAUCUUCAUCUGGAAAACGACGUAAUCGUUGGGAAAAUGACGUAGAGUUUAAUGAAAGACAAAUAAUAACACAACAUACUAGUCUUGAAGAUGAAUUACGUAUGAUUGCGCAAACAAGUAUUGUACAAACUGAAUCAAUAAUACAAUCGAAUGACAUUCCACAACAAUCAACAGAAUCAAUAGUAAUAGAAACAGAAACAACUGUUAGUAAAUCAAAAUGGGAUGAUGAUGAUGAAGAUGAACUAACCACUGAUUCAAUCAAACAAAAUCAAACUCAAUCAGAACCUUCACCAAAAGAGAAAACGCCUACUCGAAUAGUAAAUAAUUCUGUCGAAAUUGCAUCAAAUAUUGAAAAGUCUGAUGAAAAUCGGCCGUCAUUAUCAGAACCAACAGAUAAACAACAAGAUAAAACAAUGUCACAAACUGAACAAUCAUCAUCGAGUCAUAGUCGAAAAGAAAAAGAUUCUUCUAAUCGAGAACGUCGACAACGACAAACAUCGAGCCAUGAACGUGAACGUGAUCAUGAUCGUGAUCGUGAACGUGAUCGUGAACGCGAUCGUGAACGUGAUCGUCAUCGUCGUACUUCUAGUCGUGAUCGACAUCAUUAUUCAUCUUCACAAAAUCGUUAUCGUAAUUAUGGUGAAAGAGAUGAUUAUUAUCGUCGACGAAAUUAUGAUGAUAGAUAUAAUACUAGUCAUCGUCGACGAUUUUCACCACCGGUAUCAUCUCGAAAUCGAUAUUAUGAUCGACCUGAUCGAUAUCGAGGUCGUAAUCGUGAUUAUUAUGAUAGAGAUCGUCGACGAAAUGAUGAUCGUCAUCGUAAUCGUUCAUCUCGUGAUAAAAAUACUCGUCCAUCUCAAUCAAAAUCAUCUAAUCGUCAAAAAGAUCGAAAACGAUCAUCGAGUUCAUCAUCAAAAUCAACGUCUUCAUCAGGUUCAUCAUCACGUUCAUCAUCAUCAUCAUCAACUUCAUCUUCAUCUUCCUCGUCAUCAUCAUCAUCAGGCUCGUCAUCAAGUAGUUCAACUGAAUCAGAAGCACAAGCUGGACGACAUGAACGUAAUCCAACUCCACCAGCACGAAAACGUUUACCGACACCACCAAAUCCAGACGAUGAACAUAUUUUUGCACCAUCACAAGCUGUUAAACCGCGUGAACCACUCGAACGAAAACAGAUUAGAAUUGAAUUAGCAAAAUCUAUACCAUUACCACCUUCAACAUCACCAGCUCGACCAUCACCACCACCACCUCUACCACUCUAUGAUCCUGAAGAUAAUGAAGAAUCAUCAAAUCCAGCAACACAUUUACAAGAUCGUAUUGGUGAACAUGAAGAUAUGGAACUUGAUGACCUUGAUGAACCACAACCAACAUCAACAGAUGAAUUAACUUCAUCAACUACUUUUAUGGAAGAACAAACAGUACAAAUUACAACAACAACAGUCCCACCACCACCUCCACCAGCACCAUCAGUUUCUUCACUUUUUGAUGAUGCUGACGAAGAAGAUCCAAGUAUUCCAACGGAAAGUAAUCAAGAACAAAGUAAUGAUACUAAUAUAAUGCCACCAAUAGUAACUUCAACGGCUGAAACAAUCGUCGAAGAAAAACAAUUAAAAAAACCUAAACAUCGAUCAGCAUCUCAUUCAUCUUCUUCAAGUUCAUCAUCUGGUAGUGAUACGGGUAGUUCAACAUCACCUUCAUCUGGUUCAUCAUCAUCAUCAUCAUCACGUUCAUCAUCAUCUGAUAGACUUAAAAAACGAGAAUCUUCAUUAUCACAUCAUCAUCAUCAUCAUCAUCAUCAAAAUGGUAACCAUAGUUCAAAUUCCAAAUAUAAAUCACGACGUCGUUGA